CAAAAGCAAACAUGUCUACUUCUCAUCAUCAUCAUCCUCAUCACCCUCCAUAUCUCAUCACUACAUUAUUAUUCUUGUUUCUUCACUUCUCUUGCCUUCAUGCAAAUGAACUUGAGCUUCUCUUAUCAUUCAAAGCCUCAAUUCAAGAUCCUCUAAGACACCUCUCUUCUUGGUCUAACUCUUCAACAACCAAGGAUGUGUGUCUUUGGCACGGUGUCGUUUGCAACAACUUCUCUCGUGUUGUCUCACUUGAUCUCUCCGGCAAGAACAUCUCCGGCCAAAUACUCAACUCCAAAACGUUCCGGCUACCUUUUCUUCGAACUAUCAACCUCUCAAACAACAACUUGUCCGGUCCAAUCCCUCAAGACAUCUUUACAACUUUGUCUCCUUCUAUUCGUUACCUCAACCUUAGCAACAACAACUUCACUGGCUUGGUCCCUCGAGGCUCUCUUCCGAACCUCUACACGUUAGACCUUUCCAACAACAUGCUCACUGGUGAAAUCUACAACGACAUCGGACUUUUCUCUAACCUUAGAGUCCUUGAUCUCGGCGGAAACGUCUUAACCGGCCAUGUACCGGCCUAUCUUGGAAACCUCUCAAGAUUAGAGUUCUUAACAAUGGCUUCAAACCAGUUAACCGGAGGCAUACCGGCUGAGUUAGGAAAGAUGAAAAGCUUGAAAUGGAUAUACUUGGGAUACAACAAUCUCUCUGGUGCAAUACCUUACCAAAUCGGUGGCUUAUCUUCUCUCAACCACCUUGAUCUCGUCUACAACAAUCUCUCUGGACCAAUACCUUCUUCACUAGGAGACUUGAAGAAACUUGAGUAUAUGUUCCUCUACCAAAACAAGCUCUCCGGUCAGAUCCCACUGCCCAUCUUCUCCCUCAAGAACCUCAUUUCUCUCGACUUUAGCGAUAACUCGCUCACCGGAGAGAUCCCUGAGCUCGUGGCUCAGAUGGAUAGCUUGGAGAUUCUCCAUCUCUUCUCUAAUAACUUAACAGGAUCAAUUCCACAAGGAGUAACUUCUUUGCCACGUCUAAAAGUUCUUCAGCUUUGGUCCAACAAAUUUUAUGGUGGUAUUCCAGCUAAUCUUGGGAAACAUAGCAACCUCACUGUUCUUGAUCUUUCUACCAACAACCUCACCGGAAAACUCCCUGAAACUCUUUGUGACUCUGGCCAUCUCACCAAGCUUAUCCUAUUCUCUAACUCUCUGGACAGUCUAAUCCCACCGGGUUUGGGCACUUGCGAGAGAUUAGAACGUGUUAGGCUUCAAAACAAUGGCUUCUCAGGCGAGUUACCUCAAGGUUUCACCAAGUUGCAACUCGUUAACUUCUUGGACUUAUCAAACAACAACCUCCAAGGUAAUAUCAGCACAUGGGACAUGCCACAACUUGAGAUGUUAAACCUCAGCAGGAACAACUUCUCCGGUGAGUUACCAAAUCUUUCUAGAAGCAAAAGACUCAAGAAGCUCGAUCUAUCAAGGAACAAAAUCUCUGGAACGGUUCCUCUAGGAGUCAUGACGUUCCCUCAACUUAUGGAUAUGGAUUUAAGUGAGAACAAGAUCACAGGAGUUAUCCCAAGUGACUUGUCUUCUUGCAAGAAUCUAGUUAAUCUCGACUUGAGUCACAACAAUCUUACUGGAGAGAUCCCUUCGAGUUUCUCCGAAUUCCAAGUUCUCAGCGAUCUUGAUCUAUCUUGCAACAGCUUAUCCGGUGAGAUUCCUAAGAAUCUAGGAAACAUCGAGUCUCUUGUUCAAGUCAACAUCUCUCAUAAUCAUCUUCACGGAAGCUUACCUUCAACUGGAGCUUUUCUUGCAAUAAACGCAACAGCAGUCGCAGGUAAUAGCGAUCUUUGCAGCGUUAAUACAGCUAGCGGAUUAAGUCCUUGCAAGAUUGUGAGAAAGAGAAACACAAAGAGUUGGUGGUUUGUCGUCACUUCAACUUUUGUAGCUUUCUUGGCAGUUCUUGUCUUCGGUUUCUUUAUCACUCUCGUCGUUCAAAGGAAGCACAACGUUUUAGAGGUCAAGAAAGCGGAACAAGAAGAUGGUACAAAGUGGGAAGUUCAAUAUUUCGAUUCAAGAUUCAUGAAAUCGCUUACAGUGAAGACAAUUCUAUCAUCUCUCAAGGACCAAAACGUUCUUGAGGACAAAAACGGCAUGCAGUACGUUGUUAAAGAGAUCAAGAAGUAUGAUUCUCUUCCCGAGAUGUCGGAAAUGAAGAAAGUUUCUGAACACAAAAACAUUCUUAAGUUAGUUGCUACGUGCCGGUCGGAAAAAGUGGCAUACUUGAUACAAGAAAACGUCCAAGGGGAACGACUGAGCCAGAUUUUGAAUGGUUUGAGUUGGGAAAGAAGGAGGAAGAUUAUGAUAAGUAUCGCGAAAGCUCUUCGGUUUUUACAUUGCCGGUGUGCGGUUGUUGCCGGUAAUUUAUCGCCGGAGAAUAUUGUCAUCGACGUUAAGUAUGAACCAAGGCUUUGUCUUGGUCUUCAGGGCCAACUUUGCAUGGAUGCUGCAGCUUACAUGGCCCCAGAAACGAGGGAGCACAAGGAAAUGACAAGUAAAAGUGACAUAUAUGGUUUUGGAAUCCUCCUACUUCAUCUCCUUACCGGUAAAAACUUUUCCGGUGAUGAAGACAUAGAAUCUAAAGUCAACGGAAGUUUGGUCAACUGGGCAAAAUAUUCAUAUUUGAAUUGCAAUACCGACACGUGGAUCGACUCAUCUAUCGACACGUCGGUACAUCACCGCGAUAUUGUCAAUGUCAUGAACUUAGCUUUGAACUGCACGGCCAUUGAUCCGCAAGAGAGGCCUUGCACCAAAAAUGUGUUACAAGCAUUAGAGUCUAUCUCAUCGUCAAGUUCUUCUUGCACUAGAUAUUUUUCAAAGAUACUAUUGUUAGCUUGACAAUUUUGGUUUCUUGAUCUAUUGAGUACUUUAAUUAGUAGGGGUUUUUGGAUUUUGUUUUCUCUUCUUAUUCUCAUUUUUUUCUUUGCUAGGUUUUAUAACCCAAAUAGAUUGUCUAUCAAGGUGGUUUUGUUUAUGUUAUCUUGAUUUUUACAGAUGAAUGAGUAUAUAUAAUGUAAUGUGAAU